AUGAAUGUAAGAAUUUUCAAAACACCCACUCAGCCUGUGCUUCCUAGGAUAUAUUAUAAUUAUAGAGGUGAUAAAGAGUAUAUCCCAGGUUGUUCUUUGAAAAACAAACCUAUUCUUGGAAUGAAAUUUGAUAGUCUUGGAGAUAGUAUUGCCUUUUAUUACAAAUAUGCUAAUGAGUGUGUAUUUAAAGUCCGUUCUAGUACUACUAAAGUAGAUAAGAUUAAGGUUGGUUCUAGUAAUGGUAAAGGAGUUAUUGUAAUUAAAUAUUUAUUAUGUAGCAAAGAAGGGUAUGUGACAAAUAACAAGAAAGCUGGUAAACAAGUUGAAGGUGUAUGUUUAAGGAAAAAGACUGUGAAGAGAGUUGGAUGUCUUGCUAAGAUUAAAUUUAGGUUUUGUAAUGGUGGGCAGUAUAUGGUUUACUCUUUUUAUGAGUCUCAUUCUCACCCUUUUUCUACACCUAUUACUAGGCAUGUUACUAAAUAUGAAGUUGGUUUAAAUUUUGCUCAUAAGAAGUUUAUUUUUGAUGACUCAAAGUUAAAUAUAGAGGUUGUUAUGUCUUACAGGAUCAUGAAAGAACUUUGUGGUGGGUUUAAAAAUGUCAGGGGUAGUAAAAAUGACUUCAAAAUUUUUUCUAGGGACUUGAAAGUUUAUAUCUCUAAUGCUAAUGGUGCAAUGUUUGUUCAAAACCUUGAACAAAAAGUGAAAAGUAGUAAAGGGGGUUAUUAUUUUGAUUAUUGUGUUGAUGAAAGUAGGCACUUGACAUGUGUAUUUUGGGCUGAUGCUAUUGGUAGAAGAGAUUAUCAAUUGUUUGGAGACUAUUUAUCUUUUGAUUCUACCUAUGAUACAAAUAAAUACUCAUUGGUUUUAUGCCCUUUUACUGGAGUUGAUAAUCAUAAGAGAUGUGUUACAUUUUGUGCUGCUUUAUUAUCUAAAGAAGAUGUAGAAUCUUUUGUGUGGCUAUUUCAAACUUUUUUGAAGUGUAUGGGAAGAGAACCCUUUUGCAUAAUCACUGAUCAAGACCCUACAAUGGGUAUUGCCAUACAAAAGGUUUUUACCAAGACUAAACACAGAUUAUGUAUGUGGCACAUAAUGAGGAAGGUACCUGAAAAGGUUGGAACUCAGUUUUGUAAUGAAACUGAGUUCUUGAAAAAGCUAAGUGCAGUAGUUUGGGAUAGAGAAAUUGAUCCCCAUGUAUUUGUUUAUUGCUGGAACAGUGUUAUGGAGGAAUUUGACCUUGUAGAUCAUGAGUGGUUUGCAUACAUGUUCAAGAUUAGGCAUCUUUGGAUCCCUGCAUAUUUCAGGGACUUGUUUAUGGGUGGGUUACUGCAUUCUACUUCAAGGCAUGAACAGGAUGAGUUGAACAGGCUUAAUAAAUCUGAGCCUCAAUUGCUUACUCAUUUACACUUAGAAAAGCACGCUGCUGUUGUUUACAGUCGUACCAAAUUUUAUGAUUUCAAGAAAAAUGCCAAGCAACCUGUUUGUCAUGUGGUGUUGAAAGUUGUACUUCUCUGUAUGGAGAUGGUGUGGAGUUUUCUUUGUAGUUGUAAAAUGUUUGAGAGUCAAGGCAUCUUAUGUAGACACAUUCUGUUUAUUAUGAAAGGCAAGUCUGUACGUGAAAUUCCUGAUCUUUAUAUCAUGAAUUGUUGGAGAAAAGACAUUCUGAAGAAACCUUCAGCCAUAAAUGCUGUUCUGGAUGAUGCUUCUAAGUAUGAUAAGAAGAAGCAAUUGGUGAGUGAUGUGUGGUCCAAGAUUUUCAGUUGUGUGAGUUUAUCUGAGAAACCUAAGGAUGAUUUAUCUGAGCUUAUUAGGACAUUAUCUUCAUUUGAAGAGCAGAUGCUGACAAAGAAUAAUCCUGAAAAUGCAACUAGUUCAAAAGAGGUGAAAGAUGCUGAUAUUCAGGUUUUGGUUGGGUCAAAUGAAGUAGAUGUAAACAUCUUGCCUCCAAAUCAAUGUCUUAAUAAAGAUUCUGCCAGAAGUUCAAAGCGGUUGAAGAGUGCAAACGAAAUAGCUUCUGAAGAAAAAUCCAAAAAAGGGCAGAACCUGUGUUAUUAUACUUACUUUUCUCUUAGUUAUUAUAAUACUUGA